UUGUCCCGCUUGCCUUUCUAUCUUUUCUUUCUUCUGCAUCUCCAUCUCCUCUCGUCAGUCAACAUGUCCACCGCCACCGCCACAAACCCCGACUACCAGACAAAAGUAUUUACCGCUGACGGCAUCCUCUUCGACAUGGACGGCACUCUGACCGACAGUAUCGCUGCUGUCGAGGCCGCCUGGACCGCCAAAGCUGAAGAGCUCGGCCUCGAGCCCGAGGACGUCAUCAAGGCCACCCACGGCCGUCGUGCCAGUGACAACCUCCAGGACCUCGUCCCCGGUCUCCGCCAAGAGCACAUCGACCGAGAAGUUGAAAAGUUUGAGCGAUCCAUUCUCGAGUUUGCCGACACCCCUCCCCGUCGUCGGAGCUCGUCAUCUUCUUCUCGAUCCUCCCACUCUCGCUCCGCGUCCAACUCGAUCUUCCUCUCCCCUCUUACUCCCAUGACCAACGGCACUCCCGCCAACGGCCGCGCCGCGCCUAACAAUGUCCAGCCCCUCAACCUUUCCGACCUCGAGCCCAAAACGGGUGCUUCCCAGCUCGAGGAGGAUGUCUUUGAGGACGAGCUCGACGAGGCUGUAGACAUGAGCGUCCGCAUCUUGCCUGGUGUCAGCGAGCUUAUCAAGUCUCUGCCCGGAGACAAGUACGCCGUUGCCACGUCUGGUGCCAAGACCUACUGCCACGGCUGUCUCGAGAGAACUGGGUCAGUCUUUAUCUCGUGUUGGAAAUCCCUCUAACGUCUCUGCAGCAUCACCAUUCCCAAAGUCUGCGUGACAGCCGACGACCCCCGUCUUCUCCGAGGCAAGCCUUUCCCCGACCCAUUCCUCCUCGCCGCCUCCGACCUUGGUAUCGACCCCACCCGUGCCGUCAUCUUUGAAGACUCUCCCUCUGGUAUCCUCGCUGCCAUCCGUGCCGGCUCUACCGUCAUCGCCGUGUGUACCUCCCACAAACGCGAGCAGAUCUCCCACCUCGGUGCCCACUUUGUCGUCGAUACCAUGGACCAGGUCGGCGUCAAGGUGUUGGAGGACGGACAGCUAGAGUUUACCGUCAAGCACUAGAGAAGUGGUGGUGUUAGUGCUUGUGUUUGAUCUUUGUAGCCAUAGAGACCAUCUUGCUUGUAACGCAAUCAUAUAUUUCAUAGCCGUGUCGUUUCUCAUAGAUGAGUUCAAAAAGUGCAUGCUCAUUUACCAUGUAUACAAGAUUCUGUCUUGCCAA